AAGGCCCGGCCCGUCGCUGCCCGCUCUCGGUUUGCCGCUGUGCUGCUGUGCUCCGUCCGCGCUGUGGCCUGUUGGUUUGUCCGCUGAUUCGCUGCGUCCGUCCGUAGAACGGCCGCGGUCGGAAGGGGCCUUAAAGGUCGCCCGCUUCUAACCGAAAUAGUGCCGCGUCCUAAAAUGAGCGCGUAAAGACGUGACCUUUCAUCGAAGGCGGGCUGAGCCGCCGGCCCUGCGCCGUGCCAGCCCUGUGGGAGCGCUGCGUGCCGCGGAACGAGUGGGGAAGCUGCGCUGUGACUGUUCUGAUCCUUGCAGUCCCUUCAGACAUGGCUUCGAAAAGAGCAUUGGUGAUUCUGGCGAAAGGGGCAGAGGAAAUGGAAACUGUCAUCCCCACCGAUGUUAUGAGAAGAGCUGGGAUCAAGGUGACUGUUGCAGGCCUGACUGGGAAAGAACCGGUGCAGUGUAGUCGAGAUGUCCUUAUUUGUCCUGAUGCCAGUCUAGAAGAUGCCAGAAAAGAGGGACCUUACGAUGUCAUUGUCCUGCCUGGAGGUAACCUUGGAGCUCAGAACUUGUCAGAGUCUGCUGCUGUUAAAGACGUCUUGAAAGAUCAGGAAAGCAGAAAAGGCCUGAUUGCUGCUAUAUGUGCAGGUCCUACUGCCCUUCUGGCACAUGGGAUAGGAUUUGGAAGCAAAGUCACAACACAUCCUUUGGCCAAAGAUAAAAUGAUGAAUGGAGCUCACUACUGCUACUCCGAGAGCCGUGUGGAGAAAGAUGGGAACAUCCUCACCAGCCGUGGCCCUGGUACCAGCUUUGAGUUUGGGUUGGCCAUUGUUGAAGCACUGAUGGGGAAGGAAGUGGCUGAACAAGUGAAGGCACCCCUAAUACUGAAAGACUGAAAUGCUGUUGUGGGACGUGGAGUAGAACAAUUUCAGGUGGAGAGUCUUGUCCUUUAGAAUAACUGAAAGAUGCACAAUGUAGUUGUGGAUGAAAUUAGCAGCUGUACUCACCCGACUUAGAAUAUCUUACCAGUUUUUAUUCCUGGAAGAAAAUUCUGUUAGCAAAAGACUUUAUCAUCAUUAGCAUGAUUAGAUAAAUAAUCUUAGCUCUUGGCAUUUCAAAAUCGCAUGGAUAAAUGUUGCUGAUUAAAUAAAAACAAACCAACCUUGA